AUGGCAGCCGCCGACUCGAGCCGGGUCCAGGAAGCGCAGAAGAUUGCAAAGACGGACCCCAGAAAGGCAGAGGCAACCUACAAGGAGAUUGUGUCCCAGGCCCCGGCGGCGACUUCAGAUGCGGCAACGCGCGAAUAUGAGCAAGCUUUAAUCAGCUUGGGAGAGCUGUACAAGGAUGAGAAGAAAUCACAAGAGCUGGUAGAGCUUGUACGACAGAGCCGUACGGUUCUGUCGUCGUUUGCCAAGGCAAAGUCGUCAAAGCUCAUUCGUCAACUUCUGGACCUCUUCAAGGAGAUCCCCAAUAGCACCGACACCGAAGUCGCUGUCACAAAAGACUGUAUCGAAUGGGCCACGGCCGAACGCCGAGCCUUUCAGCGCCAGGACCUCGAGGUCCGCCUGGUUGCGCUCCAGAUGACGAAGCAAUCCUACUACGAGGCGCUCACGUUAACGAACGGCCUGCUUCGUGAGCUGAAGCGUCUGGACGACAAACUACGUCUGGUCGAAGUUCAGCUUUUGGAGUCGCGCGUUUACCAUGCCCUCGGCAACAUUCCCAAGGCCCGGGCCGCGCUCACGAGCGCGCGCACGAGUGCGGCCAGCGUAUACACGCCACCGCUGCUGCAGGCCAACCUCGAUAUGCAGAGCGGCAUGCUGCAUGCGGAAGAUAAGGACUUCAACACUGCCUUUUCCUACUUUAUCGAGGCCCUGGAUGGCUACCACACGCAGGACGAGAGCCACAAGGCUCAGGCAGCCCUGCAGUACAUGCUUCUCUGCAAGAUCAUGCUGAACCUCGUCGACGACGUCAACCAGCUCAUGACGUCGAAGCAGGCUGUCAAGUAUGCCGGUCAGAACCUCGAGGCAAUGAAGGCUAUCGCGCGUGCUCACGCCAACCGCUCGCUGGAGGAGUACGAGCGCGCCCUGUCGACUUACCGCUACGAGCUGGGAAGCGACGCCUUCAUUCGCAACCAUCUCCGCCGCCUCUACGAUGCCAUGUUGGAACAGAACCUGAUCAAGGUGAUUGAGCCCUUCUCCCGCGUGGAGAUUGACCACAUUGCCAAGAUGGUGGGCCUGGACACGCAGCAGGUCGAGCGCAAGCUGUCGCAGAUGAUUCUGGACAAGGUUAUCAUUGGUGUUUUGGAUCAGGGCGCCGGCUGCCUGAUCAUCUACGACGAGACGCACCGCGACCAGUCGUACGACGCAGCUCUGUCGACGAUUGACAAGCUCAGUAAUGUUGUUGAUGUUCUGUACACUAACCAAGCCUCUUUGCUGGAGUAG